CUCUAGCUAGUCUAUGCCAACUGUUACAUCACUUGCUGUGGAGAAGACCACUUUUCAGGGAAUUUUCAUCUCUUACUCUUGAAACUAGAUAUUAAAAUCUUGCAAUAAUGAGUGCCUGGAGAGCAGCUGGUCUUAACUACAUCAACUACUCCAACAUCGCCGCUAAGGUACUCCGUCGGGCCCUCAAACCAGAGUUCCGAGCUGAAGCAUUCAAGCGAGAUGAAUCCCACAUUCGCAUCACCCCUUGGGCUAAUGGCAAACCAGCUCAUGAAAAAUUAUAAAUUAAGUAUACAGUAUGCAAAACAGGCGGCACCCAAGUAGACUUAAUGGAACCACUGGCAAACAUGCAUGAUGAUUGAUAAUUGUAAUUACAGCAAGUGAUAGUUUUAAUUUAUUAAAAACCAUAUA